AUGGCGGACGAGAUCGAGAAAGACAAAUGGUCAGCACUUUCAUGCGUCGCUUUGCAGAAAUUUACAAACAAAAAGAUUAGUAUUUAUCUCUCUGAUAACAGCAAAAGGGUAGGAUGGGUAUUCGCUAUUGAUCCAGUGACUCACUCUGUCGUUCUAGAAGAAGAAACUGAACACUCGAUACAAACUUCUAAGAAACUGACUUUUGUCUUAGGACAUUCGAUUUCACGGGUUGUUUUGGAGGAAGACGCUGAAUCCAGCAAAGGGCCGCGCCGCCAGUUAACUGAUUUCAUUGGAGAUGCGAAGGAUACCCAAUAUUCUCAGGAAGAGCUGAUGAAAAGGAAAGAAGAUUUAAUGGACUGGCUUUCUCGUAACAGAGUUCAUGUUAGUGAAUACUCUGAAAACAGUGCGUUGCUGUCUGUUAUGGGAGUGUUGUUAGUGGAGCCACCUUAUGGCCCUGACUGCUGUAGAUGUAGCAACGAGAUCGUACUGGACCGUGUUCAGAAACUUAUAAAAGCAAAGCAAGAUCAUGAUAAGUGA